AUGCUGAAAGACACGGAAAACAAGCUACCAGGGGAAGCAGGCACAGAUGGCAAGUCCCAGGAUGUUAAAGAUGCACAGCCCGAUAUUGUGUACCCCUCCGGUGUCCGUCUCGCUUUACUCAUCUUUUCUAUCUUCGUCGGCAUGUUCCUCGUAUCCCUGGACCGCCUCAUCAUAUCCACCGCCAUCCCCGAAAUCACCGAUGAGUUCGACUCGGCUGGAGAUAUCGGCUGGUACGGCACGGCCUACCUGCUGACGAACUGCGCGUUCCAGCUGAUGUUCGGGAAGAUCUACCCCUUCUUCAGCAUCAAGGCUACCUUUAUCUCAUCUAUUAUCAUCUUCGAAGUGGGCUCCGCCCUUUGCGGCGCCGCACCCAGCUCCAUUGCCUUCAUUAUUGGCAGGGCCAUUGCCGGAAUGGGGUCCGGAGGCGUCCUAUCUGGCACAAUCGUGGUCAUCGUCUACGCCGUCCCGCUGCACAAGCGUCCCAAGUACCAGGGACUGGUCGGGGUUGUAUUCGGCAUCGCCUCCGUCACCGGUCCACUGAUAGGCGGCGCCUUUACCACCAACGUAACAUGGAGAUGGUGCUUCUACAUCAAUCUUCCCCUCGGAGGUGUUGUCCUCGUGCUUGUCUUCUUCCUCCUCGACAUUCCAGACCGCCCCUCCACCAAGAUCCCCCUCCAAGACAAACUCCGCCAGCUCAACUUCGUCGGCAUCCUCGCCCUGCUCCCCGGUGUCAUCUGUCUAUGUCUUGCCCUACAAUGGGGUGGCACCAAAUACGCCUGGAGCGAAGGCCGCAUCGUCGCCCUCCUCGUCCUCGCCUUCCUCCUCCUGAUCGCCUUCGCCGCCAUCCAAGUCUGGAAGCCCGAGCAAGCAACCGUACCGCCGCGGAUCUUCCUGCAACGCAGCAUCGCCUCCGGGUUCUGGGUCAGCUCGUGCCAGGGCGCGCACACUAUGAUCUUCGUGUACUACCUCCCCAUCUGGUUCCAAGCAAUCGACAACAUCUCCGCCGUCAGCAGCGGAAUCCACCUCCUGCCCCUGGUAAUCCCGAUGUCCGCCGCCGCACUACUGACGGGCCAACUCGUCACCCUAACAAGCUACUACACGCCAUUCCUGAUCUUCGGCGCAUGUCUGAUCUCCAUCGGCGCCGGGCUGCUCACGACCCUCAACCUCUCCACAACGGAAGCCCAAUGGAUCGGCUACCAGCUGCUCUACGGCAUCGGACUCGGCUGCUGCUCGCAAGCGCCCAACAUGGCCGCGCAGACCGUGCUUCCCCGCGAACAAGUCGCCAUCGGCGCCUCCCUGAUGUUCUUCGGCCAGCAGCUGUUCGGGGCCAUAUUCACCUCCGUGGCCGAGAAUGUCCUGGAUAAUCAGCUCGCCAAACGGCUGGCGGACAUCCCGGGCCUGGAUGUCACCGCGAAGGUUAUUCAGACGACGGGGGUGACGGCGUUGCUGGGUGAGAUUCCGCAUCGGUAUCGUGAGGCUGCGUUGGGAGCGUAUAAUGAUUCAUUGAGGGAGUGUUUUCGCGUCGGGCUGAUUUUGGCGUGUUUGGCGAUGGUGGGGGCGUUUGGGAUGGAGUGGAGGAGUAAACCCCACUUCCACUCCUACUUUUAA